AUGUUCUUUGCACACAUCGGAGCUCUUGCCCGGGGGCAUGCCUGGAUCACCCAAGCGCGCAUUGCCCUGCAGAUUGUGGAUCUGGGCUGUGGCCGCGGAUCACUGGUCGGGGAGCUCCGUAACUGGGGCUAUCUUGCAGUUGGGCUCGAUGCAAAUCCCAUCUUGACAGCCACCCUCAACGAGUACGGCCUCGUUGCAGAUGUCACUCAAAACUUGAGCUUCACGAUCAGCACCGCGCACCCACGCUGUGCCCCCUGGCUUGAAUUGCAGGGAUUGGUGGCGCUGUUCAUGUUGCCAACUGACAACUGA